UGCUUUUUAAAAACACCACACCCAAAACUAUCACACCUCACUAGUUUUACAGCAAAACAAUACCAUACUACACGUUCAACAAUUAGUUUCAAAAAGAGAAGAUUAAUAAUCGAAAUAUGGCUUCUGAUCAACUUAGUCGGAAAGACAACACCAAAGACGAGACAGUUAUCCGCGUAGAGAAAGUCAGAGUACCGAAGAUGGCUAGCCAUUUCGAGAGUUUAGCAGCUGAGAAAGGUAAAGCCACGGAGGAUAUCAGCCAUGAUCGUCAUCAUCAGGAUGACUUCGUUUCACUUUCUGAUAUGGAUAAGCAGAGGCAUGCAAAUACGGUGGCUGACAAAGAGGCCGAAGCUAAGCGGCGUAUGGAGAAGUCAGAGCCUCAAACUGUGGGGAAGUUUGAAGUGGAAGCUAGAGGAAAAGAGAAGGGUUCUUCGGAUAAAAGUUCCAAUGCUGGAGAUAAGAAUCGAGAGAAGAGCAAUGUAAUGGGGAAAGAAGAGAACAGGGGAGAGAGUACGGAUGAGGGUAACAAAGAGCAGUACUCGUUCGGAGAGAUUUCAAAGCUUAGAGCAGAAGCUCAGCAAAAAUCAAAUGACGCAAUAAGGGCAGCUGAAGACAAGUACAAAAAGGCUUUACAAGUUGCGAGAGAAGAGAUUGGCCAAAAGGGUGCUCAAGCUAAGGACACUUGCCUUGAACAUGCACAUUACCUUGUGGACAGGGGACAGGCUGCCAAAGAAACUGCCAUAAACAAGGCACAGCAAGGCGGUGCUGCAGCCAAAGACACCAUCGUUGGAGCUAAGGACUAUACCGUACAGAAAGCGGCAGAGGCCAAAGAGGCUGCUGUGUCUACCGGUGGCAAAGCCAAAGAUUACACCUUGCAGAAAGCAGUAGAGGCGAAAGAUGUUACUGUGGACACUAGUAAGGACGCUGCUCAGUAUGCGGGCAAGACAGCAGUUAGCGUGAAGGACAAAGCGGCUGCGGCGGGCUGGACUGCUGCGCAUUACUCCACAGAGAAGGCUGUAGAUGGUACGAAGGCUGCUGCCAGAGUUGUUAAGGGCGCAGCAGAGUAUGCUGGCCAUAAGGCUGCGGAGAUAGCUGCCGUGCCAUUAACUGCUGCUUAAGAUAUGGCUCUCUCGGCUGGUGAGACUGCUAAGGGUUACACUGCUAGGAAGAAAGAAGAGGCUCAGAGAGGCUUGGAUACUAAACAAAUGUCUACUGAAGGACAGGAAACGUUUCAGGGUGAAGGCAAGAAGAAAGAGGAUUCGAGAGAGUAUCAUGAAAUCGAAACUUCAGACGUGAGAAAGAACAGAGAAUCUGGUCAGGACAUGACCAAGGAAGUAGGUUCCCAUGGAGUUGAAGAACUUGGCAAUGAGAGAGGAACAAAGGGAACAAGUAUGUUGGGAGCCAUUGGUGAAACCAUAGUGGAGAUUGCACAGACCACUAAGGAGCUCGUCAUUGGGGAAGACGUCAGCCCACAUCAAAAAAGAGACCAAAGAUCCAAGUCUUCAUAGCUAUCUUGAUUAGUGGUCCAUUGAAGUUAAAAACAGAUAUGAAUGAUGCUAUAUUUAGUUCUAGUUAAGUUUGGCAAGUUAUCUUUUGUUUUUAUUUGAAUAAAUUCGAGUCUUGUUAACUAAGGGGAGUGUUUGCUUUGUGGAUGCUAUAUAUAGUUCCAGUUAUUUUGACUUCAGUAAAUAAUUUCCUGUAUGGAACAACCUUGUUCACGUUUUGUAAUGUUUUGGUCUGCCAGAUAAUUUAGAUUUGUAUUUAAUAAGUCUAUGAUGGAUUUAGCUUUUCCUUUAUU